AUGGUGUUCGAGUCGUAUGUUGUCGAUCUUUUGAACAAGUUCGCCGGCCAGUACUUGGAGAAUCUCGAUACUUCCCAGUUGAGGCUUGGGAUCUGGGGAGGUACUUGUAGCUGGAUUUUCAUUGCUUUGCAAGUUCUUUGCACUUUGAUUUCUAUUCAAACCUUCGACAACCACAUUUUCUGAAAACAAUGGCUUGUUUACGUCUGCAGGAGAUGUCCAACUGGAAAAUUUGAUUCUCAAGGAAAGCGCCCUAGUAAGUUAUAGUUUUGCCUUAUGUUUUGUUUAAGUCUUGUGCCUACAGCAUUUCCGGUUUUGCCUAAAAUUGCACCAAAGCUCUGGCAUUUUGAGUGAAAUCGUAAGUUACCUGUAUAGUAAUUUUAAAUGUUGACUACGACUGGGUAAUUAGGAGUUUGUGGAUUUUUGUUUUGUCUCCGAACUGUACUGUGGCGCCAUUUUUGAUAUUGCUAGAAAAUUCAUAUGAGUUGCGGUGUUAAUAAAAUAUUAUCGAGACCUGUUUAGGUUUGUCUGUUUAUUCAGACUUGUUAGUUUGAGUAAAGAUAACCUGUGUAUCUGUUAUCUUGGUUUUUUGCGAUCGUUGAAAGCAACCGCAAUUGCACUUAAGGAAAAUCUCGCAUCAUGAAAUUUAAAGUGGAGCCGAUAGGUAACGGAUUCAUAACAGAGUGCUUAAUUGUCGCGUGUCGCGGGUCGCGUGUCCAAAAAUUGCACCUUUUUUAUUUUGACCUCAUAACAAGUAAUUAGCUGAUAACAAAUUUCAAAUUGUAAUUGCUUAAAUUUUGUAAAUGUUCAUUUUUCUCACUACGAAAGAACAUUGUAUGCAAGUAGAAAUGAACAAAAAAUUCUAACACAUCGAUCUCAAGAUUUAAUUAUUAAUCAACAGAAUUGCAAAUUGGCUAACCAUUAUCUUUGAAAGCUGAUAUUGUGAUGUCAGUAAAUGAACUGUCAGCUCUGAUUCUAUCCGGUGGUUUUAAACUGGUCCAAUGUGGUAUCUUGUUUAAUUAUGCAUUGUUGCUUCGGACAAAAAUAAAGCAUUGUUUCUGGAACGAAAUUCUGUUCUUAGUAAAUUGUAUUUGGGUGCAUCUUUGUGAGAAAUUCAAAUUAAUCUUAAUACCACCCCUGGUGACUGUUAUGUCACCUGUUCAGCUCUGAAAGUUUAGAGUGCAUUACCACUGGAGUGUGAAAACCUCAGAGACAAACUUAAGGUCUCACCUUUUCUCCUGGACAUUGUUAUAACUAUUAGACAUAAUUUUAAUGUUUUCAUCUUUAUCAAAACUAUGAGUGUUAAUUUUCUCUUUGGUAGAAUUAACCUUAACUGUAAUUUUUUCGCAUUUUUUAAAUGUCAUGAAUAUUUUACACUGUUAUAAAUUUGUGGAACACAAAGCAUUAGUUAUAAUAACAAUGAUGAGGAUAUAUAAUUUUUAAUAGUUAUUGCCAUUAGUUAUUGUUGCUUGUCCAAAGCAACUUACUUGUCCAGCCCAUUAUGAGUAACAGUUUCUCUGACUUAAAAAUGCCACCUGAUGCAACAAUUUGGAAUAUUUAUUGGUACAAGUUAUUUACUUGUAUUUGCUCUUAGCGGGAACAAAAUCCGAUUACAGGCAAACCAGAGGCAGAUCAACCAUAACUGGGGAAAUGUUGCUAUCCCUGUGCUGUUUAUAUUGAGUCUCACCCAUAAACAAACUCAUCUACUCAGUCGAUCAACCAAGCUACUUUCAAACAAGCCAAGGAAAAAUCUUGUCACGAAAUAGUAAAGGCUAGACUACAGUGCAGGUGUCUUAUGGUGCAAGUUAACCUUAUAAGCUUGCGAUUGUUUAUUCAACUGGCAUUGAUUGAUUUAGAGUUAGUGUGGACCUUAGGAGAAGGUGACAGGGAAUGGCAAAAAGAUGCCUACCCCAGAAGGCCAUUAUAAUUAUUAAAAUAAUAAUUAUUAAUGACUGAAUCAUCUGCAGGGUCUCAUUAAGUUAGGGAGUAGAUGUUCAGCUGCAAUGGGUAGUUGGCUGACAAUUCAAGAGCUUCUUCCUUCUUCCACAACAUGUUAUUUUUGAAAUUUAGAAGCUCUGAAAUGCUAUAUUAUGCAUUCUUUUGGAGGUAUAUGCAAAAGCAAUUUGGUGGUUGGUUGGCUUGGUAUAAACAUUAGUAAGGUAGAGAUUGGAAGAGUGUUUAACUCACAAGAAAAUUUAAAAAGAGAGUUGUCUGUGCGGUGACUUGUUUUCAUGUUUUUAAUAGUGGACAUGAAAAAAUUACGCUCUUAAUUCUGAGUGGCUGAAAACAAGUGCGCACACUUUCAAAAUUUUGUCUGUCUUGAUUUAAUUUCUGUGAUAUUUUUCCAUGUACAUUAUUAACAAGUAAUUACAUGAUUUCUUUUGCAAUUUUGUGUAAUAAACACUUGAAAGACUACAUAUUUCACUUACCCUACAGGCUUGUGCAAUUUUUUUUAGUCUGAAAAAUUUACUUGUGCUUGUGUACAACAAAUGUCCCUUUAAAUCCUUUUAUUACCUUUACUUAUUGUUUACUGUUCACAACUUACACAUGUUAUUUUAUGAAAAGGAGGCUGUUCAGGAAUUGAGGUAGCUGAUUAUUAACUGGCAGCCAGGACUUAAUGAGAACCUUGCAUUUGUUCAGUGUGAAGAUGUAAAUGAAAAAUAUGAUGUGGGUUAUUUAACAGUGGAUUUCUUUUAUUACCAGGAUGACCUUGCUUUGCCAGUUAAAGUUCUACGUGGUCAUUUAGGUAGGAAAGUAGAAUGAAAUAGUUGUCCUCUAACAGUUGAUUAAUUGUUUUUAUACACCCUAACGUUAGCAUACAUAUUCUCCCUACUGUUCUAUAUACAUUUCCUAUGGUAAUGAUAAAGAGAAUUUUGUAAAAAAUCAACAGCUUUUCAAAAUGUGAUCAUUUCUGUAAUUCUCAUUAGCCUGAUGUUUAAUUCAGCAGCAAUAAUUUAAUGAGAAAUUAAGUGCUAGUCAGCCUUGGGUUAAAGAGUUAAUGCCAUUUGGAUGAGUGGAUUUCAGAUUUUUUUUAUUUUGUGUGUAUGUGUAUGUGUGUUAUGUACUUGUUCUUUUCACACAGGUAAACUGGUGCUGAAGAUACCCUGGAAGAAUUUGUACUCAGAACCUGUUGUUGCUCAAGUAGAUGGACUUUACUUACUUGUCAGACCAAGUGCUGGUGAGAACUGUUUUCACUGAAGAAAUGCUCUUGACACAUUUGUCUGGUAUUUUAGUGGUAGUCCCAGGGUGCUUAAAUCAGUGUUGCUACCAUAAUAAUGAUCAUGUUCAUAAUCGUGAUCAUUGCCAUCACUGUUGCCAUUACCAUGCCUUUGCCUUAUUGCAUUACCAUUGCCAUUGCCUAUGCCUAUGCCUAUGCCUAUGCCUAUGCCUUUGCCAAUGCCUUUGCUUUUGUCUAUGCCUUUGCCUUAUCAUUAUCAUUGCCAUUACCAUAGUCAUCGCCAUUGCCUUUGCAUUUUUUCUAUGCCUUUGUCUUUUCCUUAUCAAUAUUGAUCAUUACCAUUGCUGUUGCUGUUGCCAUUGUCCUUGUCUUUGUCUUUGUAUUUAUCUUUGUCAUUAUCAUAAUCACUACCUUCAUUGUCAUCAUUAUUGUUAUCAACCUAAUCUUCAUCAUAUCGACUACAGUUAUCACUAUCACUGUCUUAGUCAUUAUCAUGAUAAUUUUCCUCAAGUUAUUUCUUCACAUUUGGCCCAUCACUUAUAGUGUUUUUGAGUGUCACUAAAUCUGUAAGUAGAUAGUGUGGUACACCAGCCUUUUUGGUAUGUGGGGAUUUUAAGGGAUAAAUCAAAUUUUAGCGAUACAUUUUUCAAGUGCAUGCUACAGUCAUCAGUUAGGUAUUAAGUGCCAUGGAAACAAACUAUUAACUUUUGGCUGUUGUCGAUGUCUAGAAAAAAUGUGUGUGUGAUGAUCUAACUCUCCAGUAAUGUGUCUGUACCUACCUCUCUGGACAAGAGUUAUGCCCAGGGAAUUGACACAGUAGUGAUGACUAAUGUGUUUGUUGCUUCUGCAGAUGUUAAGCACAAUGCUGAGAAAGAGGAAAAAGCCAAACAGGAGAGAAAGCAAAGACAGCUGGAAGCAGUGGAGCAGAAUGGUAUACCUUAGUAAUCUAUCUGUUUUUAGUGGUUAGGGUCUCUAAAAAAAUGCCUACUUGUUUGUUGACAGGUCUCUUUCAGGUUGAUAAUCUUUUACUUUUGUUUGUCUUGUCAUCUUACUAUCUAUCUACCUAUACAUCUGCCUUUACACUUCAAGCUGCAACUGCUUUGGUAGCUAUGACAUCUAGAAAAAAUUGUUGUUUGAGUCUCCAAAAAUGAAUGCUAGCUAUGCCACUUACUUUGACCAUGAGGCACAUCAUCAGAGGUUUAGUUUUUUGUAAUUUUAGGUUGCCAGAAGAUGACUUGAAAAGAAAACUUGGCUAAGAGCCCUGCAUAGUGUUGGAUAUUAACAUUGUUACACAAAUUACUGCAGAUAUAUGGCUUUGAUUGACUGUCUCUGUCAAUGACUACUAGUCAUUAAUGGGAAUUAGUCUGUAAUUGAGGUGAAAAAUGAUUCUUUCAUUGAUUAUUAUGCAGGGCUCCAAAAAGAUGAAAAGUCAGACAGUUUUGCAGAGAAGUUAUCCAUGCAGAUUGUCAAAAACCUUCAGGUGAGUUUGAUAGGAAAUCCACAUGAAACAAUCAGUUCCAGUUACCUGCUUGACUCAACACUAGCAAAAAAUCAAAUUUCAUAAGUGAAAAAAAAAGAAAAAGAAAAAAUGGUUCAUUCAGAAUAAUUGUCAUUUUGAUGUCUCUUUGACUUAAGGAUGGUUAAUUUUUCUUUCCUCUCCAGGUCUUUGUUCGCAAUAUUCACAUACGAUAUGAAGACUCUGUAAGUACUUGUACAUUUAGGUAGACAUCAAUUUGAUUCUUAUGCUUCAGUGGAAGUUUUGGCUGGUAGUUCAGGACAGUUUUUGAACCAAAGUUGCAUCAUCACUUUUAAUUUACAUCAAACAGAAGCAGACAAAAUGAAUUUAAUUGGAUUGAAUUCCUCCAAUCACAACUUGAGGCAUGACAUUUUGACAACCUGAAACAUUGCACAUUUUUCCUAAGGGGUCUUGAAUAUGGUUGAAAUUGCAAGUUUAGCACUUGACGAUAGAGCGGGCAUGACACAGAAAGAUAUGUGAUUGAAUGUAUUCCUUGCUUUUCUCAUGAUAAUCAUUAAUUCUUGAUGUAUUCACUCUUUGGUGUUAAUUAUAAUUAUAAUGUCCAUGUUCAUUGCUCCUGUUUGUGUCAGGUUACUAACCCUUCUGCACCAUUCUCAAUUGGUGUGACAUUGGAGAAUUUGUCAGCUGAGGUGAGAGCAGUACCCUAAAUCCUCUAAUGAGUCUCCUAAUAUUGGGGGAAGGUUAUUGAUUUCAGCAGUUUCCAGACCAGAUGCCUCCAAGAGGUGGGGUUUAUUAGAGAACAACACAACCCUGUUGAAUGCUAGUAUCAAUGCCAGCCAUUAUUUUUAUUUCAACUUCUGUCUCAGUUUAAUGAACGCUGUAAAAAAAAAUUUUUUUUUGAUGUUGGAGAAGGGUGUGGGGCCUCUUAGAGGGUGUGAAUAACUGAGACUGGAAGUUUAUUAUGGAAGGAGAGGGCAUUUUUUUAUUAACCCUUUACACUCUAACAUCAGGGUAUGUAUUCUCCAUACUGUUCUCUAAAGGUAUCCUAAGGUGCUGACAAAGAGAAUUUGUGUAACAAUCAAGAGUAUCUCUUGUUGUUUAUCAUUUCCUUUAUUCUCAUGACCUUGGGCGAUAUUGUAAGGAGAAAUUAGAUGCUAGUAACUCUAAGGGUCAAAGGUUUGGGGGAUGCAUAUAAGAGAGAGGGGGGGGAGUGUAUGUAAUGAUAGCUAUAUUAAUAGUGGAAUCUGUAUUAAGCAGCACAGGUAUACUGUAGGUGGUCGCUGUGUGGACCACUGUAAUUUUUACCUCUUUUAAGUGUACACCUCUAUUAGGUGUACACCUCUAUUAAGCAGUCAGGGUCACCCUUCGCUAAGUCCUAACAGCUUGUUGGGGAACCUGUGUAUUAAGGAGUAAACCUGUAUUAGCUAAAGAGGUCAUCCAGAAAGUUUCAGGAAAAGUGUAAUUGAUCAAAGAGUAUUUUUCAUCUUGCAAACAAGGGGUUGCAAAAUGAUGUUGCCUUGAAAAAUUUUAGACCCUUCUCUCCUCUGGUGUGAUGGCACAGCUAUUGUUAGGGUUACAAAGGAUAUAUUUUUUUUAAAUUAUGCUAUCUUGGCUUCUGCUACUAUCUUUUGUUCAAGUCAAUGAAUAUGUUGCUGAUGAAUUUAUACCCAUCUUUGAUACAUUUGAUAAUGAAUAUUUUGAAAAAUUGAUCCUCUGUAUAGCUGUUUCAUGCCAGUAGGUUCUGUCAAAUAGUGUUAAGGCUCAUCUAGUGAUGAUCACUCUCUGUUUUAGUCCACAGAUGAACAUUGGAAACCUUCAAUUGUUGGUAAAAAAGUAAAAAUUGUACACAAGGUGAGAUACAGAUAGGUCUGAAAAUAUAUUUGGAAAAAUGUUAUUUGUAUAAGGGUUGAGUAGUGGUCGCAUGGCAAAACAAGUAUUGGUAGUCGGGAGGUGGAACUUGAGGAUACAUUGUCUGUAAAUGGUGCCAAAAAUGAUAAAAUAUAAGGAAAUAUUUACUGCAAGAGAUGCAAGUGUGGCACAAUCAACCAGUGUGGAAUUUCAUACAUCCCAUGGACCUCUUGGGGUUCACCUGGGAAAGCAUACUUGUUUUUACCUUUCCUCCUUAUUUCCCAUCUCUCACAACCAUCCUUCUCUUUCCUAUAUUUGCCAUCUCUUCAUUGCAUGCAUCAUGAUUUAUUUUUCAGACUGCAACUCACAACAACACUCUUUCUUAUUUUUUCUGGCUUGUUUGUUAGCUUGUCAAACUUGACAGUCUUGCCAUUUACUGGAAUACAAAAGAUCAUAUUGGAAAUCUGCCAACGCAAGAGGACUGGGUGGUAAUUACUCGUCAAAUGAUUUCUUGAUCAUAAAGUAUCACUGUUUGAAAUAAAAAAGUGUCAUUGUUUGUCUGAUUUUGAUGCAGUUACUUCUAAUGUGGAUUUCAAGUUUUAAGCUUCACCCUACUAGUCUUAAUUCCCUAGGGUGAUGAGGGUGACAUUUUUUGAGUGACCUAAUUUGACCCAUGAUGUCCCACCAUGUCUGGCUCACCUGUUUUGGUGAAUUUUUAUUUUAGUUGGGUACCGUCUUAGUACUCUGAGCAAUGAUUCUUGAUCAUAGACGUCCAUACUGCAAUCCUUAAUUUUUUCUGCAGCAAUGUUGUUGUGUGAUUUGUGUGUGUAAUCCUAGGACUUUGGUUUCAUUCCAAAGUGGGUGGUGUGUGGUGUUGUGCAUUAGCUCUUCAUCACGAGAAACCCUGUGAUAAUUCUGAUGACCAAGGUUUUUUCAUUCAGUUAUUUUGAUGAUUAUGAGGAAUAAUGGUCGAACCCCUUUAGUUUCCAAGAUUUGAUCAUAAAAUCUCCCUAAAUAGCUGCAUAAAGGAAUUGUAGUUGUUUACUAGGUCAAAGCACAAUAUUUUUACUUACAAAGCACAGUAUUAUUAUUACUUGAAACAACGAGUCCCUGCAUCCUUUCACAAAACUAGUAUUCUUGCCUCUUAUUCUCAAUACACUCCAACUUAUUUACAACAACAAUAAAGCCUUACUUUAUCAUGAUGGAGAUGACUGACACAGUUUAACAUGUAGUUACUCUAUAUAAGGAACACCAUGGAUAGUGAGGUUCUUCCCUUUUUAUUAACCCUUUAACUCCCAAGAUCUGAUUGUUAAUUCACUCUACUAGCUGCUGCACAUUUCCUUGUAAAUAAGUUACAAGACUUUGGUGUUAGAUCAAGGUAACAACUUCUACCUGAUACAUUGAGUAUCCUCAUUACCUGUUUGCUAGAUAGUGAGUGGAUAUUGAAGGGAGAAGUUUCUUGUUAAUUGCCUCUGGGAGUUAAGAGGUUAAUGACAAUUUUAUAAACUCUAUUGACAUUUAAAUUCCUGUUGUCUCAACAACUUCUCUUUCUUUGUUAAGUGGCUCAAAUUUCCCUAAUUUUAAUAUUGAGCACUUUUUUGAGGCAACUUCAAGUGACAUGAACACAAUUAAGUUUAGAUCUCAACUUACAGAAGUCUAUGUAUUUUAUGAUAAAUUUAAAGACAAUUUGCAAACACUGUAACAGUUGGUAUAAUAGUAAAUGAAAUGGUGAUGGCAAUUUUGUGUUCUUUACAGAAUCAAGCCAAGGGUGGGAUAGCAAUCAGAACAAAACAACAUUUUUCUCCUCCUGAUUUUAAAUACAGUGAGUAUAUUUUGUGUAUUAUGUCUCAAUUCCUAGGGAUUUGUUGGCAUCAUUGCAAUUGUAUGACAGCUUGUGCUGAUAUGUUUUUACUAACCUUUACUCACUCAGAAGUUUUUGAUGUUGUACAGCUACAUGAUUCUGGAACAACUCCAUUUAAAAAACAAAGUAUUUAAACUCAGAGUAGCUAGUACUACUGUUUUUAGUAGUAAUCUCACCUAUCUAAUCUGGCACAUGAUCAACAACAACAACUAAGGAAAAUACAAUUAUUCACUAUGUUCUUGUUGUUAAGUCUUACAGCCAAUCUCGGCCACCACUAAAGUGAAGAUGAAUAUCAAGCCAGGUUCUGAUUUGAGUAUUCCAAAGGUAUGUGUUUGGACUCAUGCUGAUUGCUUCACCUAACAGGAGUGAUGUUUGGCAAAGAAAUUUUAACAUAAAUCCUCCUUAGAAAAGCCAAAAUCUUGCUAUUUUGGAUUAGGAAAUAGUUCUUGAAAAUUAAUCAUGCAGUCAGUUGAUUGAUCAAUCAUUAGGCUGACAAUUGAAUGGUCCACUGGUCCAUUGAGGGAUUUCUUGUUUUAACUACUGAAAGCCAUACAUCCAAAAUCUUGUCUAGGGGGCCAUGUGAUUGCCCUUGAAAGUCAACCAAUCAACUGAUUGAUUGAUUGAUCAGUUGCAUAGGGGGUAAUUGGUUAAAAUACUCAAAAUAAAUACUUAAAUUACGAUAGUUUUAGAGGAUUUUGUUCAUGAAACUACUGACAGAUGAUGACAGCAGUCUCCUUGGUUGCUAAAAAGGGUCACCAUGGGAACUGAGGCAUAAUCUGCUCCCACACACCUGUCAGUACAACACUUACCCACUGGUGAGUGGAAUGAUUAUCUGUAAGCAAAAUGUGAGAGGUAACGAAAAAGGUAACAUAGUGGGAAAGCAAGGUAAGUGAGUGUAUGUAUCAAUGCAUCCAGCAAAUCUCUCAGAGUCCUGUUCAUCACAACAUUGAAACUACUACAAUGGCUUGGUUUAACAUCAGUUAAAUUACAUUCAGCCUCAUGAAGAAUUUAAUCUUUUCAUUUAUGCUUACACAUUGUUUUUGUACUAUGCAGAUUUUCUUAAACUUGGUCUUGGAAGAGAUAUCUCUAGUCUUGAUGAGACAGCAGUACCAUGAUAUGAUUGAGUUGCUGGAAUCCUUUGACAGAAUGACCACAAAUUCUGUGUUUAGAAAGUACAAACCAAAUGUCCCUCUCCAUGGACAUGCUGCACAGUGGUAAUUUCAUCUCAAAUCUGUUAUUUCUGUUACUACCUGAAAUAUUGACAGCCUUGACUUAAACAAGGGUGUAGGAAUUUGAUGUCAUCUUUUAUGCUGUGAAGGUCUUGAGUUAGCAUUACAUUUCUACUCCUUUUGGUUGAAACAAAAGAGCUGGUAUUUCCACGUCAUUGAAUUUGAGUUUAAGUUGAAAGCUUUCCCAAGUUUUACUUCUCUUGUUACAGUAUACCUUUGGUCCAUAAUUACAUGUAAUUGUGAUGGUGUUAAUUGCAGUCUACAUUUACUUUGGGAACAUUAUCUACAUUGCCUCCUGGAAAUAGGUGGAGUUAUGCCAUUGCAAGCAUUAUUGAGGAAGAUGUUAGGAGGAGAUUAAGAAACUGGUCUUGGACACACAUGAAGGAACAUAGGUAUCACUGUCAAAUAACUGACCAGAAAUAGUCUAUCCUUCUGGUGAAUGGAAACUUGAUUUCAUGUCAUUCCUUCUUUCUUCAGGGAUCUCUGCAGGGAAUACAAAAAUUUGUACAAGAAAAAGUUACUGGGAGACAAAGCUUCUGAAUCAUUGUCAAAAGACCUAGAGGUAGGUCAAUAAUUUACAUGGCAUAGAUAGCAACUUUCCACCUUGCAUGUUAUUAUUGCAUGCUUAAUCUGUCAUAAAAUCAUUAAUCUUCAGGCACUUGAGAGCAAGUUGGAUGUGUUGAAUAUCACCAUUUGUCGACGCCAGGCUGCUUAUGAGGUUUGUGUUGAUGUCAGCAAUUUUUGCCUUGUUUUAUCAUUUCUGUAACAGUUUGAGUUGCUGGUCUUUUUGUCUACAGCAGGCGAGCUAAAGGGCUCUCAUCUGGAGAGCUUGUGCAUUCAGUUGGUUUCCUUAUAUGAAGCAUGAAGCAACAUGGUAUAUUCCUUCUCCCAUCAAAUAGGAUGCUUGUCCUUUGCAGUGCCCCCCCUCCCUGUCUCUUUUAUAGUUUGCCAAUACACAGUCAUACUCUUAGGUGGGUAGAGGCAUAGUAAAAGCAAGUGUGAGAGUAAGCCAGGAUGGAGCAGUGGUUAGAGGGUUUGUCUUGUACCGCUGUAACCUGGGUACAAUUCCCAAACCUUGGAUCACCUGUGGGUUUAGCUUUUAAUUGUUUUUUGUCAUUACUCCAAGGGUUUUUAUCCAGGACCUCCAGUCUUCCUCUCUAUACAGAAGCCAAUGUUCCAAAUUUCAACUUGACCUGGAAACAGUGGACAAAAAGAGCCACUCAGCCUUUUCCCAAAAAUAUAGGAGUUCACUUUAAGUUUUGCAUCAUAGGAAGCUGCAGCAUUAAGGAAAAAGAAGAAGAAAGCAGAAGAGAAGAAGAGUAGCAGUUUGUUUUCUAGGUUCUGGGGCUCCCGUAAAAAAAGGAAGAAGGAGGAGGAUGAAUCAGGUAAGGCUUUUAUCUUAAGAUCGUCAUAUAAGUACCACAGAGUGCUGAAUCUCAUGCCUGCAUGGAUUAGCAAUUUAAAUGAAAAUAGCUCGAUGACCCUUAUCUAAACAGAAAUUUUAAGUGAAGAUCAGAAAAAAGAAGAACUGGAGAAGUUGUACAGUGCCAUUGGUUACAGUGAAGAAGAAACCAUAACAGCAUUCCCCAAGGAGGUACUUGCUUAGUAAAAAACACUGUUACCUAAAUUCCUUAAAAUCUCAUGAAAAAGGCAGCAAUUUAACUUAUAUAUCUUGACUUAAAUAUAUUUGCCUUUGAAGAAAAAAAUAGCCAAUUUUGUUUUCUCCACUGUUUGUUUGGCCCAAAAAUAUACAGUAGCUCCAAUUGCCCACAGAGUUAUCGACACAGUGACAUUUUCAAUCCCCCAUUUCUUCAUUGUUAUUUCUUUUGUCUUUUCUUUGUUAACCUAUUUGCCCCUUUCCCCCAAUGUCUUAUCUGGCUUCUGGUAUCUUUUAGCUACAUGGAGCCCUGUACAGCAGGCAACAUUGAAUUGGGGAGGGGAUUCUUGUCAAGAAUUUAGAGUUAGAGCAAACAGUAGUGUUUUUCUACACAUAAAAAUAAUUUUUCAACGUGACACAAUGUUUCAACUAACUUUGAUGCUUAUUGUCUCUUUGACUUUAUUUAACUCCUUGAAAAAUGCUGUCACCCCUAUAACUUUAAGUACUUGGAGCAUCCUUAUUGUAUUAGUAUCUAACAGUAUUUUUGGUUUUUACCUGGAUUAUUCUGCAGUAUGUGGAAUAUAAAGUUGUGGUGAAAUUGAAACAGAUUAGUGUGGCUCUAAGAGAUGAUGCAGCUGUCAAGUGAGUAUUGAAUAAGAGUGUUUCUUCAGGCAAAAUUGCCAGAAAUUGAUUUCAUUUUCUCAGAGCUAAUCUGCCAUGAAAGUACGUGUUGCUUCUGCCAUCAUUUCGAUAAUAAAGAUAUUAACUGGAAUUGAAAAUUCUCAAUGCAAGUUCCAUUUCAGAGGAGUGACAAUAGCUCCCUUGAGUUUUUUUAUUUUGUAUUUCUUAUAGUGAAAGAACAUCAUCCAGACUGUCACUCCUCCAUAAUUUGUAGGUUGCUCUGGAAAAUGUUUAGAUCUUUUUAGGGAGUUUUUCCAAGCUAAAUGAAGCUAGAAUGUGAUGAGUGACUGUGUCCCCUGUAGAUUAGUUGAUGUUGCCAAACUGAGUUUCCAGGAUCUUUAUGCAGAGCUCUCCCAAAGACCAUCAGCACAAGCAAUCAAGUAAGUUGAAUAUAUACAAUUUAAAGGGAUCAUUUUGUUGUAGAAGCAGAAAUAGGGAGAAACCGAAAAAGGUCAAAUAGGAAUUCUUAAAGGAAAUAAUUUAUGUUCUAAGGAUUUGAAAGUUUUUUCCAAACCUCUAUGAUCCAUGAUACAGUUACAGGAAAAUUUUUCACUUUCACAUCUUUUUUAUUUUCAUUUUUUUUUACCAUGAGAAGUUUAACAUCUGACCUAUUGGGCCAGAGUACAUAAAUUUGAAUUUUUUAUUUCUAAAGCUUGCUUUAAUGGGAGAUUACCAAAGGUGACUUGAUCUUAACUAUCAGAAGAGGUGAAAAAGUAAGUCAUCAAGUUUGCAGCUGUAGACAGCUGUCUUAACCUUGUACAGGUAAGGCCUCCCUAGCAUGGCAUAGCUUAUAAGGUUGCUCAAGGGUCCCCACAGAGAAAAGUUAAAUGAGGUACUAUUACAGAAACGUAGGAUUAGGAUAUGAUGCUAAAUUGAUUAAUGGGAGUUCUAGGGAUAUUAAUGAUGCUGACACUGUGUGGCAGGCCUCUCCUAAAGAUGAAUUUCUUGUUUAGGCUGUCAGCAAAGGUUGAGCAGAUGAAGAUGUUUGGUUCAGCUAAUGCUGCAGAUGGAAAAAUGCCGCUCAUGAUAACCUCUCAAGAAGAUAAACUAGGUACAUCACUUUACAUGUUGCAAAAAACAUAUCUAAUGUUAACAAGGUGACCUUUCCAAUAUAAUCUCUUAAUGCAAUCCUACUCUAGGAUAAUCUGAGAAGGAAUUUUCUUUUAAUUCAUUUUUUCUUUUGGUCUUUAUAUAUAAGGAUUGUAAAUUAUGUUUGGAAAAGUAUUUUGAUCACCAAAGAAGAAAGGUUACACCCACUCUUCACUGUUUAUCGUAUUAAAGUGUUCACUUUUACUUUUAACAGAAAGCCUAAUAUUACUGAACAAACAAGUUGUGUUUCUAAUCUUAGAAAAAUGUAAUUUCUGAUGUUUGAGUGACAUGGGAACAAAUUAAUUAGAAAUUAACAUUCUGUCAGCACGUUGAAGAGGUUCGUGUGACAUCAUGGAAGUUUUGGAUUAUUAAAGUAUUUCGCGGGAAAAUUAAGUCAUUCUAGGUCGGUCAGUCUUAUGUUUGACCACUUUCCUUUUUGUAUUUGUUGUAAUUUUGGUUUUCCAACUCCCCGUAAAAUAUCAUUACAAUCAUUGAUUUUUCUUUGUGAUUAGUUGUGCAACCAGGUUAGUUUACCCGUUUCCUCGGGGUAUUUUACUGCUGCAUUAGAUGAGGAAUACGUUUUCACACAUCUUUUGGCCACAUCUAAAGAGUGGUUCUUUAGUGCUUUUUUUGAUUUGGCAUAGCACAGGUUCUUUUUGUAGAACCCCAAGUUCCAGGGUGCACAUGUUAAGAUUGUAUCAGGAUGGGUAUACUAGAAGACUGACUGACUCAUCCUGAAUAAACUUUUCAAGCUGAAUGUCUCGUGUGAGUGUAGUCAGAAUUAUCUGCCUUAAUAAGCAGUAUGGCAUUAUCUUUAUCUAUUGUAAGCAACCAGGUUGUUGCAACAAACAUGGAUGUUAUCUUUUAUAUCUUGGAUAGCAAGCCAACUUGCUCUUUUUACUGCAUCGUUUGAGACCAACCCAUUGGAUGGGAAGUGUGACCAGAGAGCUACAGUGAAAUCUCAACCUGUUAAAGUUGUGUAUGAUGCCGUAAGUAGCAAAAUAUUUUAGAGUAUACGCACCCCCAAAUCUUGAAAACCUAGUUUGCAGAUGGAGUUCUGUGACCUUAAGCCAGCAAACACCAUUGCAAUGGUGUAUGAUUCUGUCUUGUGGAAAAAGGACUGUGCUGUGCAGGGAGGUAGAGCAUUGCAUAAGUAAGCUUCAGUUGAUAAUUACACCUGAUGCCUGUGAAAAGAAGUCUGGUGGUUAAAGCUCAGAUUUUUUCAAAAUCUGUGUUGGCUUAACCCUCUGACCCCAACGAGUGAUUAGCAUCUAGGUUCUCCUUUCAGGAUCACCUCUGAAUCAAACAUUGUGGUCGAGAGAAUAAAGAGAGUGAUAAUUGUUUGAAGAGGCUCUUGAUUGUUAAACAAAUUCUCUUUGACAGCACGUUAGAAAAUGUAUAGAGAACGGUAUUGAAAGAAUAUCUUAAUCAUAUGAAGACAUAUUAUGGCUCUUUCCUUUUGUAGAGGAAGAUGUUAAAUAUUUUUUUGCGUUUUCAAUUUUAUUUGCAGAACACAGUGGGUCAUAUCGUCACUUUCUUUAAACCUCCAAAAGAUGUCCAUCUUCAAGAGUAAGUGCUACACUGUUGUUUAAUGGGUAAAAUUUUCAUAGAUUUUUUUACAUUUGCUCUUGAACAAUGAAUUGAAAUUACAUGAUUGUUCAAUAGAAAUCUAUGCCUAGAGCAAGAAAAAUAUUCAUAUGUAGCAGACCCAUUCGAGAUUUCUUGAUGUCACACUUAAUACACAAAUCUUCUAUUUGUAGUGUUUAACUAGUUAAGAGAAGUAAGGAGAUUUGAUGUUUCAUUUCAGGUUGUCAGCCGAGGCAUACUCAAGACUAGAAGAUCUGAAGUCAGUGUCCAAAGCAAGUCUGUAUUAUGCAAUUGAACACCACAAGGUAAUAUUUUUCUGUUUUUGUUUACCACAAAAAUUCCUUUCUACCUAAGGAUUGAACGAGAAAACAGAUAUUAGUGAAUUGUUACUGCAGACGUCAGUCAUAACUGACAAAGAUAUAAAUCCUUAGAGGGGAUUUUUUCUCUGUCCCACCCUCAUGACCUCCAUGGGAGAUCUGUGGCAUAUUAAUGGGUGCAGGUCUGCGCUAAAGCUCUGUUGUCCUCCAUGGUGUUAUAAUCAUGGGUUAGACAGUGAACUCUCAGAGUAUUCUAUUCACCCAAGAGAAUAGAUUUAGGCUUUGGGUAACAGAAAGCUUUCAGAGGCACCAGGGCACACUGAGUCUCCUCAGAGACAAGUAUAACUUGUGACUCAGCCAUGUAUGGUCUUGAAAAGUGCUCUUUUGAUGUGACCUGGUUGAACUUUGUUCAAAGUGGUAAAGACUGUAUAUACCCAAGGACAAUAUGGGGACUAAGUUUCUAAAGAAGCUGGUGUACUGCGUCGGUAAGAGAGUAUAGCAAGGUAAAUUGGUAUUAUCAACUGAGUUGAUAACGUAAAUUGGCCAUCGUUAAGAGUUUCAAAGCUAACGUUUCGAGCGUUAGCCCGUCGUCAGAGCAAAGAUAAUACCAAAUUACCUACUAAGGUCAAUAUGGUUUGGUUUCCUUAUGUUCACUUGAUUCUUGUUGUGCAAGUUAAACUGAAAAAUUUAUAGUCAACUAUAUUUUUUUUGCAGAUAACAGAUGUGGAUGUGGAUGUGAAGUCUCCAUUUAUCAUUAUACCAGAGGGAGGCACCUUUAAGAAGUAAGCUGUUGAAUUCUGGGGUGUAUUCACUCGGAAGUGGAUGCGAAGUACUUUGCAAUUUGUGGUUUUAUGGUCAUGUGAUCCCCAACCCUUUUAGGAUAAUGUGAAUGUAUUGAUACAACAGUCACGUUAUCCUUCAAAUAUUAGUACGACAUAAGUAUAGGAUUCCUCCUCCCCUCCACUGGAAUAAUAUGUCGACAUGUAUGGACCACCAGCCAUUCCAAGCUUAGUUUUCUGGUCGAUCAAACUUACAAACUGUUAAUUGAUGAAAUUACAUUUUGAACUCUUGGUUUGUAAUUACAAACAUUUAGGUGUAUUCUCUACUGCUGAUGAUGCUACACUGGUUCUACAUUGGCUGAUAGGGGUCUUAUAGUGUUCCUUUAGAGGCCCUAUAUUGUUCCUAUGGUAAUCCUACAUUGUUCCCAUAUUGCUUUCAACGUAACGUGGAUUUAGUGAAAUUUUUAAUGUUACACUUUAUUAACAGGUCAAGCAAUGUGCUUGUCAUUGAUCUUGGACAUGUGAAGAUCACCAGUGAUCCAGAGCAAGAGAGGGUUGUAUCCACAAAGGUGAUACUAAUCAGAUAAUUUUUGGACCACUUUUAUGUAUAAAAUAAUGUUAAAGAUUAUUAAAAUUUGUGACUCGCCUUCACUAUUCUACUGAAAAACGUGGGCUUUGUAUCAGGUUCGAAGAAUAGUUAUUGUAUUAUAAGGAGAGGCUAUCAUAUGAAAUGUAGAUUCUAAAAAUGCACCAUUAAGAAGUCAAAUCAAUUUUCAGAUUUGUGGAAUUUACCUUAAAAAACAACAACAACUAAAAUAUGCAUCAUAAUUACACUCGGGAUGUUUUGGAGAGGCACGGAAACAAAGGGAAAAGGGAAAAAAACGCAGAUUGGUAGAUUUGCAUACCCCUUUACUGUACCAUUGAUGGCAAAGAGUCAUUAAGACUUCCACUUUAGAAAUGUCCAGAUGCUACUUUUGAUGUCACACAUUUAAUCUGCUUGAUUAUUUUUACCAGGAUCCAAGCGUGGAGGAGUUGGAGUCGAAGUGUUACGAUAAGUUUGAUUUUAAACUGGAAGACCUUCAAAUUCUCAUCGCAAAAGCAGGUAAUGGUGACUGGGUCUGCACAAAAUUCUGUGCACUUGACAGUGUAUCUCGUCCAGCAGAACAUUUUUUUUGUGUCGUUUUUUAAGAAACAGAUUGGGAACAGCUUAAGUGGCUAUUGCAGGAAUAUUAAUUGCCUGCAUGCCAGAUAUGCUUGGUCACACAGUUGCAGACGAGACUAUCUAACAUUGAAUGUUCUUCAAACUUGCCCCAUGUAGGAACCCUUUACACCCUAACAUCAUUAGGCGUAUUCUCCAUACUGUUCUCUUUGUAUAUCGUAAGGUGCUGACAAGGAGAAUUUGCUUAACAACCAGCUACUUCUUUAGUUCGUGGUCAUUUCCUCUAUUCUCGUGACCUUACUGUUUGAUUGUUUGAUUCUGGUGUGAUGCUGUAAGAAGAAAUUAGAUGCUAGUCACUCUUAGGGGAUAGAACGUUAACGGUAUGGACUUUUGAUGAAAAGCCAUUUUAUUUUAUUUUUUGUGGUAGAUGAAGACUGGCAGGCCGCAAGGAAGCAGGUCAACUCUAAGAUGCAUAUUCUCGAUUCGAUGAGAAUUGACAUGAAGCUUCAGAAAGCAUUAAAUCCUGACGAUAUCAGGCUUGCACAGUAAGAAUUGUGUUAUUCUGGUUCUUCUUCUUGUAUUUUCUUUCCUAAGAUCGGCUUUGGUGACCGCUGAUCGUUGAAUCGGUGUGUUUGAGAUGCAGAUAUGUUUGAUGUGCGCCGAGCGAACUACUCAUGUUCCUCGGGAAUGUAUGUUUGACUGCUAUUUCUGAAACAGGAUCACACUCUCUGGAACCCUUCCAACAGUGAAAGUCCAUGCCUCUGAUGAGAAGCUUCUUCAGGUUAUUAAGGUGUGGUGGAAUAGCUUUAUAAGGAGUAGACCUUAGUAUCUAAACAGAUUACGAAUGAAAGUAGUUUUUUUUUUAGCUUGGUUGUUAGAUAAAGAAAGGUGUUGUUCAUUUGUUAUGAACAUGGAUAUAAGACAAAUUUUGAUUCCCACAAGGAAUCGAUCCGAAGACCUUCAGAACUCGCGGUCUCAGGCUCUACCACUAUUUUACCCUUUGAACUCUAAGAUCGGUAUUCGUAUUCUUCAUACUGUUCUGUAUACAUUGCCUAUGGUACUUUAAUGAAGAAUUUGUUCAACAAUCAAGGGCUUCUAUGGUGGGUGAUCAUUUCCCUUAUAAUCAUGGCCUCACUCUUUGAUUCAACAAUGAUACUAUAAUAGAAAUAUAUAAAUACUUUUAAAACAUAUGCCCUCUUCCCCUUGUCAAUAUUGGCAACGAGUAAACUGGGGCGCUUGAAAAAGCUUAACGUUAAGGGGUCAGCGGGAAAGUCUGAGGUUCAAAUCGCGUGGGGGACUUUUCUUCGUCCCACUAUCAUAACAAAUAACAUUUUUCUUCAGGCCUUUGCAUUUUUGUAAAAAUGGGUUUCCUUUCCAAGGACAUUAUUUCCUGACUCUCCCCUCCCAACCACUUCCCCUCACUUUGGAACCCAAUCACAUUCUUAAAUAAUGGAUAUAUUUAUUAUGGCUGUCAUAUCCACACAAAACAGGGCAAUUAUUAAUUAUAUAUGAAUUAUUAAUUCAAAGACCUUUUAUUCUGGCUAUAUUAUUUACCCUGACUAUACUUAUUUUCUGCCUAGACCUUUUGUUCUAAAUAUUUCUACCGCAUUUACAUACCUGUCAUUGUCCUGUCCUGUUGUCUGCCGAACCCCUAUUAUCUAGCCUUACACCUGGCCCGAUAUACUCUUCACUUCAAAGAUUCCAUCUACAUUCUCUGAUGAUGCCGUAGAUCGGCGAAAGCUCGGAAAAUUAAAUUAUUGUAGCAUACCUGGCCUCACUUGAUUUACACGUGUGACUUUAAAACACUAUGCUACUCAAGGACAACAUCCAAUGCGUGAGGGCAAUUAUAUUUUAAAUGGUUUGCUACAUGCAAACGUACAAACUAUUGCGUUUUAAAUUACUGCCACCUGGAGGCUUUGUAUAUAUAAUCGCAUGGGCCCGAGGACAAUUAAGGAUUAAUUUCACGCGCAUUUUCAAAGUUUUCCCAAAAUUGCCCGAGUUGCGAAACUUGUUUAUCUCAUGAAGGGAAAAAUUUUUGAGGGAAUUGCAUUCAAGCACGAUGUCUGCGCGAUGAAGCUCUUUCAAUGCUGCCACAUAUUUCAAAACAAACGUCAUUGACCAAUAGAUUCAAUGAACAUUUUAUUUUCAAAAUACAGUUAACAACAUUACACGGCAUCAUUUGAUUAAAUUUCAAUCAUUAAAUCGUUGACGCAAAUAGCAAAAUGGCUCAAUCAGCAUCAAGUAAUCAUGUCCUUUGUUUCAGCCAAUCAGCACUCAGUAAUUUUGCCCCGCAUGUGAUAAUACAUGAUAACGACAACCAUAACCACAACGACUUUAUUUCACCAGGGUGCGUGAUUACAAUCAACAUUGUAGUCUCGCUUACGGCUUUGUGACAUUAAAAUAGCAACAAGAACAGCACAGAACAACCCUAAUAUUCUCAUGUGAGACUGGUAUAAUCGGAAAACAAUUUUCUCCAACUCUUUUGUUGUCUUUUCGGUUUCAGCUUGCUACCAGUAUCCCAAUACCAGGAGGUGAAAUAGCUUUGGACCAAACGGAUAAAAAACCAAUGGUAUGUUAGAAAUUACUAAAUACAUAGUGGUCGUUUUUCAACUACUACGUGUGCUUUGAUAAAAAACGACCCAAGAUGAUUUGGCGGAAAUUCCUUCAAAACACACUUUUAACUACUUAUGCCGAAUCCUAAGACAACAUUCACUUUUUCUUGUUUAAGGAUGUUCCUUGUGAAAAUCGCCGGUAUACAACUGCAAGGACUGGUGGUGACGUAACACAAUUGGGUGUUUUGGAAGGUGCUACAGGAGAACAAGAUGAAGAAGCUGAGGAAAUGGAUGAAAUGUUCCAGACGCCAUCUGAAACACUAACCGGGUAUCGUUUAGUUCUAUACACUUUUUUGUAGGUUGGCUAAGAGGUAAAAAGGGGAGUGUUUCUGAAAUAUUUGUUCCUCAAGAGCCCUAAAUUUGAUGGUUAAAAAUGCGGCAUAGACUUUGGGUGUUAACCCCACAGACUCUAAUAUUUCAUUUCCCAAUGUGUUUUGCCGAAGUCCGGCUAUCCCUUAAUUUAUAAUUUCGAAAUUUGGCCGAUCAGGAAUUGUUAUUACAAUAUUUUUCAAGUAUAAUAUUUUCCUUUUUUUCCCGUAGAGAAACCAACCUUGAAGGAGCUAAAAGUGAAGAAAAAGAGGCUAUGGCUAAACAAGUUAAAGUUUCUCUUAAGUUUGAGAUUGAAGAGGUGUGUUUGAGUAUUUUUCAUUCCAGUAAUCUACUUAUUCUACCUAUGGGUCUGAAUUUCUUGAAAGUUUACAGCAGAAGGAAAAUUAUGAGAGCAAUUUUCGACUGUGUAAAGAGUAAUACACAGUGGCGGAUCUAGGGGAGGGCCCGGGGGGUCCAGUUUCUCCCCCCCCCUUAGUUUGGGGAAAAAAAAGAGAAAAGCCGGCAGGGCGAGCGACAAAAAAAAAAAACCUCCCCCCCAUUUAGCUCAAGGUCUGGAUUCGCCACUGAUACAGAAUUCUUUGGGGUUGUUUCACUUCGUUCUGUGAUUGGUCCAGAAACUCGACCAAUCAGUUACAAAACUAAAAUCAACCUCGUCUUUGUUACGCAUUUUUUCCCGCGCUUCAGACAGUUUGCUUGUUUUCAACUGGAAUUCUUAUUUUUUUCCUUGAUAUAUUUGUCUUCCCUUACCCAACCGUAAAGCGCUCUCGAUGGAUAUUGAUAUGUCCACAUGUAACAGAGCCAUGGUGAAGUUAUUCGUCUGCCGAUUCUAAGUCGAAUUUGAAUGAAGACUGUUGGAUUUUGUCCUCCUUUAGGAUAACAGCACCCAAUUAAACCAACUGAUCUUGAACUUUGUAUAUUGUGUUACAGAUAGUCGUUGAUUUUAGCACUGUGGAUAGUGGAGGGAAAUUGACGCCUUGUCUUGUGCUGCAUGCCAAAGGCCUGGGUACCGAUGUUGUCAUGCAUCCUUGGGAUCUCUCAGCGAGUGCUUCCUUGUCUUCUCUGGCCGUAGUGGAGAUGAUCCAUGGAACUGGAGGAGGUCCUCUUUAUCUUGUGCAGACGCCUGUUGGGACAGAGCUGCUCUCAGUUAAAUUUGUUAUGGUAAAAGACCUUAUCUUGUGAGGUGUACUACGUGUAUUAAAGACCCAGUUUUGACCAGUGUGCAUUACGUGCGGCAUUGGCCAUCGGUGGCCAUUAACUCGAUGUUGAUUAUACCACAGGCUUCGGGAAAACAAUACAAGUCUCGCUCUCGUGAAAAUUAUUACAAAAACGGAGGCGCUUAAUGCAUACUGGGUCUCUAAUGAUGUGGGCUUUUGACAAGCCAUAGUAAGCCUGGAAAUUCGUGGCAUUUUAAAGAUUGAUAUGAGGUUGUCGGCAAAUGAUCAAGCACAAAAUUAAGAGGACCUCCUCCAGUUCCAUGGAUCAUAGGCAAAUCUUGGAAUUAGUUAAAUAAAUAAUCUUUAUACUUGGGAAAUAUUGUUAUACAUGCUUAAGAAUAAAGUGAAAAAUAGCAUGUUAUCCUGAGUCAGAGGCAUUCAGUGUAAUUUGAGGAUGUUUCUGUUUUCAAAUUUAUACAAACGAUACUCUGUAUUUUCAUCGUCUGUAUGCAGAUGGUAGAAAUUAGUUCUUUUUGUCUUUUGAGAAGUAGUUAAAUAGUUGACAGGAGAUUUAUUGUUUGUGGUUAUCACUUCUGUGCUUACACGGUGUAGAGGUCUAUAUCUGCAGGACCACCUCAGAAUCGUAUUGUACGUAAGGUCAAGAACAUAGAGGGAUUGAUUACCAAUUCGAGAAGCUCUUGAUUGUUAAACAGAUUCUCCUUGUCAGGAUCUUAGGAAAUAUAUAGAGAACAGUGUGGAGGAUAUGUGUACUGUUGUUAGUGUUAAAGAGGUUACUUACUGCUUUUGAUGUCAAAUUAAGGUGGAAUCAGACCACCCGGAGUACAGCUCAACAUUUAAGUCCACUAAGCAGUCCGUCGCUGUGGAAUUUUCUUCACUACAAGUAAAACUGCACCAAGAAGCUCUGCUUAACAUCAUCGAUGUUUCAACCAAAAUACUGCCACCUAGGUGCUGUAAUUUAAUCUAGCGUUAGAACGGCUCAGGUCUACUCUGUUUUGCCCUUAAGCCUUUUACAUCCUCUUAGUUAGAGACAUUUGUAUUAAAAUGAGAUCUUUGGCUUUUGGAAAAGGAACACCUUUUUCCGUCUUCGGUUGGAGUUUAUAUCCAGUCCUGACAAGUAAAUUUUAAUGAGCAUUUUACAACAGACUGACAGAUAUAAUGUAUUUUUCAUUGAAUUUACAUAUGUAUAUAUUUAUAAAUUAUAUAGAUUACAUGUACAUAGAUUUUAUAUGAUUUUCUGUAAAUAACGUUUUUAAUGUUUAUCUAUUUAUUUAUCACACCCCUUCUGUAUACACGCAAUUGAGCUUUUCAGCUGCAAAGCAUUAUUCUGAUAAACAAAUCUAUAUCUCUGUGUGACAACUCUCAUUCCACCAAUCGUCAAUUGAAGGAACGUUUUUUCUUUCUUUUGCUAGUGAAGGGACAUUAGCUCUGCCAUUUGUGUCUGCUGACAGUACAAAAACGAAAGCUCAAGAUGAAAAUAAAACGUCUGAGCUAGUUGCGCCAAAAGGCAAAACGAAGAAAGAUAGUCAAGAUGAAAUACAUAUUGAGGUGACUGCUAAGCUGGGAGGAAUCGAUGUUACAGUGACAUCUGUUGAGGGUGAUUUGACACAUGUAUUUAUUGGAGGUGAGGGAUUAUUUAGUUAUCUUUUAAUACGGUGUUACAGAAAGCUAAGAGUUGUUUGCAUUUGAGUUGGCUCAAAAACCGUAAUUUAGUGAUGCAUAAAUGAAUGUCUCCCCUCCAAAAACAAUUUUUAGAGGGGAGAGGGUGGGGCAAUAAGAACUACACCUUUCACGCCCCCUUCCCCCUCCGUCCACUCUAACCCUAAAUCGAACAUGGCCAGUCGGCCAAUAGGACGUUGCACUGCAAGCUAUGAUACGAUAUGUUGGGCUUUUGUACAAUACUUUUUUGAAGGAAGCAAAUGAGCAAUUAUGUUAGUUUUAAUCCGUCUUGAAUUGGUAUUAAAAGUAAUCUUUUCAGUCACUCUUGAGUUUACCUUAUGUAUUUUAUGUUUGACGAGUUCAAUAUUUUUCUUCACACAAAGAGUUAUCCGCUGGCUGUGCUGUUAGAGACAGCAGAACAGACGUUACGGCCAGGUAUGUAUGACUUAGUUGUCUGGGUCAAUUUGCCUGUUCCUAUGAUCGUGAUCAAAAUCACCCAAACUUUCCAGAUCUAAAAAAUUAUCGUUUGAUAGAGAAAUUUUCAGUUGAGUGUCGAAAAUAAUCCAGGAUUGCUUUGGUUUGAUUGGUCCAGAAACUCGCGCCACUUCUUCAACUAAUUAGAUUCAAAACUACAAUCAGUUGCAGGCGGUUUGCUUGUCUUUACUUCGAGUUCUUAUUGGCUCCUUGUGAAGUUUUCCUGGCUAUGAUUGGCUGUUGUGGUUGCUUUGGUUUUGGUUUUACGACACUCAAUCGAAAAGUCCUCUAAGUAUCUUUGUUUCAUUUCAGUAUGAAAACUUUGUCAGUGAUGGAUUCUACUCCUGGGGCGGUAUAUCCGAAGAUAGUAUCCAUCGUGAACGAGGAAUUGUUUAGCCUUCAGGUGUGCAAAAUGAGGAAUGUUUAUUUCAGACUUGGAACUGAGUUACAACAAUGUCACAAGGUCAUAUACCAAUUUAGUUUGAGUGUUGUUCUGCACCUUUUGUACUGCCACCAGAGAAAAUUUCCUUUAAGUGUCCUCUUAGACUGAUAAAGAAACCUUGCGCUAAUUCUUUAAUCAAUCUCAUGUGAAGUGAUUAACAACUCUCAACCUUAUACCUCACGGUUUUUGCGCCUGUAGCAGUUUGCUUGUUUUGAUCUGAGUUCUCAUUGGCUCGUGGUAAUACUUUGCUCUUUUCUGAUUGGCCAUUAAUUGAGAUAACUUUGAUUUUGGUUGUACGACAAUCAAUGUAUAAGAGUUCUUUUAUGAUUUUUAUUGCUCUUUUAACCAGUGCUGUUAUUAACUUGAGUUAAGAGUAAAAAUUUUAAUUUUAGUCCAUAUCUCAUGUUCUUAGGUUAUUGCACUCAAUGAUGCAACUGCCGGCACCAAGUUUAGAGACAUGGAAGCUGUAGAUCUGAAAUUCGAGAUGGCAAUCGGUUGUAUCCGUGUCAUCUUCCUAAACAAAUUUGUGAUGAAGCUGCUGGUCAGUUAACUUUAUUAGCGUCAAUAUAUUUAGCAUUUGUGAUUCUUUACAGUGGCAGAAAUUGAAGUUAAUAAAGCUUUAGUAUUUUGUGUUGUACUUUUUUUGGAAAUUUUCGGCAUCCCAUUUGAAUGAAAUGCUAUUCAUUGUGCAGAUUGUUAGUGUACCUCGGCCAAAAGCAAUGAAAUGGCAUUUAUUAUUUUUACUGAGUGGGAGUAACAUGUAAGUAGUACGGCUAAUUUUGCUUGAGUAAAUAUGAUUACUUCAUCUUUCGGAGGAUAAGAUCAUUUUAAGCUCAGAUACGAAUCUCUAUAUUUUUCAGGACUUUUUGAACAAGUUUCAGCGGGCAAAGGAUGCCAUGGAGUAUGCCAGAAAAACUGCAACUGAGUCAGCCAGUGCAACAGUGAGUCACUAGCCGUUAUUAAAACCUUUACAUCUUGACCCAUUCCACACCCAGAUCUCAUUAGUAAUUGUCUUUACUGUGUGCUAUGCAAUUCUUAUGAAGUUGUUUGAGAGAUUUUGGUGUUAGAUCAAGUAAUAAUACCCCUAAUUGAUAUUUUUCUUUAUUCUCACCACUUGUCUGCUUGAUAUUGUACUGAUUUGUGAGGAGAAACUCUAUCUUGUUCAUUCACGGGAGUAAAGGGUUAACAGCAGUAUUCACUGUUAGUAACUGAAGGGUGACGCCGUCAUAACAAGCUGUGUGAUUGACGCCCUUGAUUCGGUAUAAAUAUGUGUUUUUCUGACUUUUAGAUUCAGAGUUUGCAAAUCCAAAGCUCAAGAAUAAGCAUGAAAGUUUCUAUACAAGCACCUCUGCUUAUCAUCCCUGUGAGUUCGACGUCUCGCGAUGCGAUUGUUGCAAAUCUUGGUCAACUUAAUGUGUCAAACACCUUCAACCUUGCACAUAAUGGGAAGGAUCCUGAAGGAAGUGAUACUGUUGUUAUUGACAACAUGGUGGUGGAACUUAGUUUUGUAAAACUGUUGAGG